ACAGUGUCAUAAUAGUUUGCCUUUUUAUGAUGUGCUACAGAACUUUGAAAGAUAUUUUUAUUGUAAUUUCUGAUUUUCCAAAAAGUAAGUUGUAAAAGGCAGGGCAGACUACUUAAUGCCUUUUAGAAUCCUUUAACUCUUCUACUUUAUAACUUUGUCUUUCUAUGCAUAAUUUUGGAAUGCUAAAGAGGCUUUCACCAGCAUCACUAAAACCCUAAUGACAUGUUUGUAUUUUAUGUUAGGACGCCAGCAGUGAAAACACUGUGGUUCCUCCAGAAACAUAUGUGAAAGUGGCAGGCCACCUGAGAUCUUUUCAGAACAAAAAGAGCCUGGUAGCCUUUAAGAUCAUGCCCCUGGAGGAUAUGAAUGAGUUCACUGCACAUAUUCUAGAAGUGAUUAAUGCACACAUGAUACUAAGCAAAGCCAAUAGCCAGCCCUCAGCAGGGAGAGCACCUAUCAGCAAUCCAGGAAUGAGUGAAGCAGGGAACUUUGGUGGGAAUAGCUUUAUGCCAGCAAAUGGCCUCACUGUGGCCCAAAACCAGGUGCUGAAUUUGAUUAAGGCUUGUCCAAGACCUGAAGGGUUGAACUUUCAAGAUCUCAAGAACCAGCUGAAACACAUGUCUGUACCCUCAAUCAAGCAAGCUGUGGAUUUUCUGAGCAAUGAGGGGCACAUCUAUUCUACUGUGGAUGAUGAUCAUUUUAAAUCCACAGAUGCAGAAUAACUGGAUCUAAUUGGGUACCUGAGAUAUUUUACAGCUGGACCUAGUUUCACAGUCUCUUGUCUCCAGCUCUGCAUACAUUCAGCCAGGUGGCUUCUAGGAAGUAGGUUUCAUGUCUAAAAGGUCUCUACUGACGUCCUUUUGAAACAUACUGCUCUUCUGUUUUAUUUUGUUUUGUUUGAAGCUCAGAGGGAGAUGGACAAUUGACAGGGAUGCAAUCCAGGAUGGCAUUUCUUGAGGAAGCUACAAAUAAGCUUGUUACAACAUCAAGAUAAUGGAAUCGGAAGGACGCUACCAGGAGAGUACUUACAUAGUGUUUGGGAGUUUCUCUUUUUAAAGUUUUUCCUGCUGCUGAAAGAAGAUGAGCAGGACCAGGGCCUUGUAGGCAGAGCCCUAACUGAGUAACCUGCUAGCCUCUGCCUGUUUCUGUCCCACUUUGGUUGUGUGGCAUUACUUUCAGAAUUGCACUUUCCUGCUUGUCGUGACUGCUGCUUGUCAUGACCGUAUGUUUCUGUGAACACGAAGUUCUGUGGUGGUGCCUCCAGGGGCAGAGGAAAGGAAGUGUUACUGCGUUUUGUACAAAAUAAGUACAUUCAUAUGUUUAAUAAAACAGUUCGAUUGUAGUAACUUGUAAAAA